AUGGCCCCGGCACGUGCCUGGCUGCUGGGCCUGGCUCUGUCUCUACUCCUUCUGGGGUCCCAGACUGCUCCAUCCCUAUCCGGUGAGGAGGGGAAGCUGGUCCGGACCACCAGGGUCAGACGACAGGCCCCUCCAGGUGGCCCCACCAGCCCACCUAACAACCAGACCAUCAAGGAGCAGCCCAUGGUCUUCAACCAUGUGUACAACAUCAACGUUCCCUUGGAGUCUCUGUGCUCUGUGGAUCUUGAAUCAGCAGCGCCUCCACCCAGUCAGGCCUCCAGGGGAGCAGUGUCCAGUGGGGGUGGAGAGGGCCCCACAGAGUUCACAGAGCAGACAGUGGACGCAGACAGCCAGGUCACCUUCACCCACCGCAUCAACAUCCCCAAACAGGCCUGCGCCUGUCCCGCAGCCAACACCAUGCAGCAGCUGGCCACCCGCAUCGAGAUGCUGGAGAGAGAGGUGUCGCUGCUCAGAGCCCAGUGCAGCUCUGGCAACUGUGGCUGUGAGGAGAGUUCAGCCAUGGGUAAGUGGGGAAUAAUAGUACAGCUUGACAGUAUUAUUAGAGUUACUGUACCCUGGUCAUAGGCUACUUUGAGGCCAAUGUGGAAUGUUAGGUUUUCACUUCAUUCAGUUACUGAGCGUCUUGGUUCAAGUAGAUAGCACCUGGAUAUAAAGCCUGGGGGUUUGCUAUUUGUUAUUUUAUUAGGAUCCUCAUUAGCUGUUGCAAACGCAGCAGCUAUUCUUCCUGGGGUCCACACAACACAUAAAACAUGACACAAUACACAACAACAAUAGACAAGAACAGCUCAAAGACAGAACUACAUUAAUUUUAAAUAAGAAUAUAGAAAUAAAAAAGGUCCUAAUGACAGAAUACUAAGACAGAGAGACCUAUAAUGUAGGCCUACAUUCAGUAACACACAGCUCAGUUGGUAGAGCAUGGCGCUUGCAAUGCCAGGGUUGUAGGUUCGAUUCCCACGGGGGGCCAGUAUGAAAAAAAAAUGUAUGCCACUAACUGUAAGUCGCUCUGGAUAAGAGCGUCUGCUAGAAAUGUAAAAUGUAUGUCAAUUUCAUGCUUGCAUACAUACAGUUGAAGUCGGAAGUUUACAUACACUUAGGUUGGAGUCAUUAAAACUCGUUUUUCAACCACUCCACAAAUUUCUUGUUAACAAACUAUAGUUUUUGCCAUUCGGUUAGGACAUCUGCUUUGUGCAUGACACAAUUUUUUACAGACAGAUUAUUUCACUUAUAAUUCACUGUAUCACAAUUCCAGUGGGUCAGAAGUUUACAUACACUAAGUUGACUGUGCCUUUAAACAGAUUGGAAAAUUCCAGAAAAUGAUGUCAUGGCUUUAGAAGCUUCUGAUAGGCUAAUUUACAUAAUUUCAGUCAAUUGGAGGUGUACCUGUGGAUGUAUUUCAAGGCCUACCUUCAAACUCAGUGCCUCUUUGCUUGACAUCAUGGGAACAUCAAAAGAAAUCAGCCAAGACCUCAGAAAAGAAAUUGUAGACCUCCACAAGUCUGGUUCAUCCUUGGAAGCAAUUUCCAAACACCUGAAGGUACCACGUUAAUCUGUACAAACAAUAGUACGCAAGUAUAAACACCAUGGGACCACACAGCCGUCAUACCACUCAGGAAGGAGACGCGUUCUGUCUCCUAGAGAUCAACGUACUUUGGUGCGAAAAGCACAAAUCAAUCCCAGAACAACAGCAAAGGACCUUGUGAAGAUGCUGGAGGAAACCGGUACAAAAGUAUCUAUAGUCACAGUAAAACGAGUCCUAUAUCGACAUAACCUGAAAGGCCGAUCAGCAAGGAAGAAGCCACUUCUCCAAAACCGUCAUAAAAAAGCCAGACUACAGUUUGCAACUGCACAUGGGGACAAAGAUCGUACUUUUUGGAGAAAUGUCCUCUGGUCUAAUGAAACAAAAAUAGAACUGUUUGGCCAUAAUGACCAUCGUUAUGUUUGGAGGAAAAAGGGGGUUCCUUGCAAGCCGAAGAACACCAUCCCAACCGUGAAGCACAGGGGUGGUAGUAUCAUGCUGUGGAGGUGCUUUGCUGCAGGAGGGCCUGGUGCACUUCACAAAAUAGAUGGCAUCAUGAGGAAGGAAAAUUAUGUGGAUAUAUUGAAGCAACAUCUCAAGACAUCAUUCUGGAAGUUAAAGCUUGGUCGCAAAUGGGUCUUCCAAAUGGACAAUGUCCCCAAGCAUACUUCCAAAGUUGUGGCAAAAUGGCUUAAGGACAACAAAGUCAAGGUAUUGGAGUGGCCAUCACAAAGCCUUGACCUCAAGCCUAUAGAAAAUGUGUGGGCAGACCUGAAAAAUCGUGUGCGAGCAAGGAGGCCUACAAUCCUGACUCAGUUACACCAGCUCUGUCAGGAGGAAUGGGCCAAAAUUCACCCAACUUAUUGUGGGAAGCUUAUGGAAGGCUACCCGAAAUGUUUGACCCAAGUUAAACAAUUUGAAGGCAAUGCUACCAAAUACUAAUUGAGUGUAUGUAAACUUCUGUACCCACUGGGAAUGUGAUGAAAGAAAUAAAAGCUGAAAGAAAUAAAUGUCUCUACAAUUAUUCUGACAUUUCACAUUCUUAAAAUAAAGUGGUGAUCCUAACUGACCUAAGACAGGGAAUUUGUACUAGGAUUAAAUGUCAGGAAUUGUGAAAAACUGAGUAUAAAUGUAUUUGGCUAAGGUGUAUGUAAACUUCCGACUUAAACUUUACUUAUCGGUUGACAUAGGCUAUACAUACAAGUUAUUUAGGUCAGAUAGGGGAGGGGCGUCAUGCAGUGAGGUGUUGUUAAAAUAAAAAAUGAAUUUAAAAAAGUAAGCAAAUUUGGCUGUUUGCUUGGGUAAUUUGAAAUGGGAGUUCCAUGUAACCAUGACUCUAUAAAAUAUUGUGUGUUGCCUUAAAUUUGUUUUGGACUUGGAGACUUUGAAGAGACCCCUGGUGGCAUGUCUGGUUGGGUAAGUAUGUCUGUCAGAGCUAUAUGUAAGUUGAUUAUACGGACAAUUUUGAAUUUUGAAUACAGUAAUAUUUAAUUCAAGAUGGAGUUGAAUUAGUCUUUGUCCCCAUAAUGUCCUUUAAAGUACUCCAAAGCUUUUAUCCAUCAAACUUUAUAUAAUCUAUCUCAAUUUCAUAAUACCAUUUUUGUUCAGUUUAGUCACAUAAUUUCUAAAUUUACAAUAUGUCUGCUAAUCAGAUGUGCAGCCUGACGUAUUUUCCACUCCCUUUGCCUCAUUUCUCUCAACCAUACAGUUUUUAAAUUCCUCAUCUAUCCAGGGGACCUUAACAGUUAACAGUCACCCUGCAAACAAUAAUGAGUUGUUAGGACGUUCCUGGGACGUCACAAAAUGGUAACCUAAAGUCAUCAGAACGUUGUGUCAUGGUCCCCUGAAGUUUUUGUCUAGUUCUUUAUUGGUCCUGGGGACAUCCCCGAGGAAGUUCUUAGGAUUUUCAUAGGUUGUUGUGUCAUGGUCCCCUGAAGGUUCUUGGGACGUUGUGUCAUGGUCCCCUGGAGGUUUUGUCUAGUUCUCGGUUUGUCACGGGGAAAUUUUUGGGACGUUGUGUCAUGGUCCCCUGGAGGUUUUGUCUAAUUCCCGGUUUGUCCUGGGGACGUCCUCGAUUACAUUUUUAGGACUUUCUUGGGAUGUUGUGUCAUGGUCUCCUGAAUAUUCUUAGGACGUUGUGUCAUGGUCCCCUGGAUAUUUUUGUCUAUUUCCCGGUUUGUCCUGGUCGUCACCUGAUGGUCGCAAAGCAACAUUCUCCGGUUGGUCCCGGGAAAGUUUUUAGGAUGUUGUGCCAUGGUCCCCUGCAGGUUUUGUCUCAUUCCCGGUUGGUCCUGGGGAUGUCCUCAAGGACGUUAUUAGGACUUUCUUGGGAUGUUGUGUCAUGGUCCCCUGGAUGUUUUUGUCUAGUUCCCGGUUUGUCCCAGUUACGUCACCUGAUGGUCGCAAAGAAAGGUUAUCCGGUUGGUCCCGUGGACGUUUUUAGGACGUUGUGCCAUGGUCCCCUGGAGGUUUUGUCUAGUUCCCGGUUUGUCUCCGAGGACAUUUUUAGGACUUUCUUGGGAUGUUGUGUCAUGGUCCCCUGAACGUUCUUGGGAUGUUGUGUCAUGGUCCCCUGGAUGUUUUUGUCUAGUUCCCGAUUUGUCCAGAGACGUCACCUGAUGGUCGCAAAUAAAUGUUCUCCCCUACAAAAAUGUUUUACCCAGGGCACACACAUCCUAGUUUCAGUACACAUCACCCCUUUUGGAAAUUAUUGUUACCACACACAAACAGUGCUUUCAACUUACAUACUUGACACAGAUGAUUACAUUGUGUAUGUUUAUUCAUACAAUAAUUAUUAUUUAACAUGUCCUCACCUGGGAUUUGAAGUCACAACAUCUUGGUUCUCGGGCAAACCAAUCUUCCUGCUAUGCCACCAUGUCUGUAUCAAUGUCUGAUUUCACCUGUAGGCCUAUUCCUACACUUUGCACUUCAAAGUAAAUCUCAGCUUAAAUAUACACUGAAGAAAAACAAUUAUAUUUAUCAUAAUGAUUCAGGAGUAACACUAUACCAGAAUAUUAUGCCAGACCAACAUUAGACAAGUAUACUGAAAACCCAAACUCAAAUUGCUGAAAUAAGUAAAUAAAAUCAAUGAGAGAAUAAUCAUAUUACCUGAUCAUGUAAAAUAAUAGCUAACAUAAUAAAACGAUAGCUAAAAUAAUAUGAUAAUUGCUAAAUGCAGAGAUGUAUUAUAGGUAAUGAAAGUGUAGGGGAAAUUCUACAUACCUUGUGGCGCAGCAGAAAUAUCAUCUUCCCCUGUCUUUUCAAUAUGAAUCCCAGGUGGGGUCAUAUUGAAAAGUCAGUAUUAAGUGAUCAUGUCAAAUGUUGUCAUUGAUGAAAUGGUUUGGGACACCUGGGACCAUCACAUGACAGAAACCUCCAGGGGACCAUGACACAAUGUCCCAAGAAUACUCAGGGGACCUUCGGGGGACCAUGACACAUCGUCCAAAGAACAUCCUAAAAAUAUCUUCAGGGAUGUCCCCGGGACAACCGGGAACUAGACAAAAACCUCCAGGGGACUAUGUCAAUGUCCAAACAACAUCCUAAACAUGUCCUCGGGGACGUCCCCGGAACAAACCGGGAACUAGAAAAAUCCACAAGAAUGUUCAGGGGACCUUCAGGGGACCAUGACACAACGUCACAAGAACAUCUUAAAAAUGUCCCCGGGACAAACCGGGAACUAUACCAAUGUUCCCUUGGGACCAUCACAUGGGACUAUCAAGUUCAUCCUAAGGACUAGUACAAUGAAAGUCCUGAGAACGUCCUAAAAAGGUCCUGACAUAGUCCUGACAGGGUCUUCAGUGACAUCCUGGUAACUUACAGGGCACUACACAAAGGUCCCCUAGAGAACAUUCCCUUUGGACCAUCACACGAUGUCCUAAGGACAAGUAAAAUGAAAGUAAUGAGAACAUCCUAAAAAGGUCCUGACAUGGUCCUGACAUUGUCCUCAGCACUGUCCUUGGAAUGUAAAGGGAACUAGACAAAGGUCCCCCAGAGAGCAUUCCCUUGGUGUUCUCAGAACAUCAGUGGGAUAACGUCGCACCAAAACCCUUAAGGGACCUUAUGGGAGCGUCGCCGAAAGUCCUCAGGACAUCCCCUGUUUGCUGGGUAGUUUCUUAAUAGGUGCAUGCUUAUUGAUAACUGGAAGAAACCAUUUCAUAAAUGCAUCAAGUGCACAUCAACAAAAAAACGAAUCAGACCAACAAACCUUUUUUACAUCUUCAACAUAGGAAUCACUACAUAACCCUUUGUCUGAUCUCUUAUACACUAUUUUAGGCCCAGCCUUUGGAACAUUGGCUUUUCUGGAUAUAGCCACUAUAUUAUGAUCACUACAUCCAAUGGGUGUGGACACAGCUUGAGAACAAAGUUAUACAGCGUUUCUAAGGUUCAUAGGUUUAUUUUACACUGUUACACUGUUACAUUGUUUUACAAUGUACACUGUUACAACAUAUGAUGUUAGCAUUAGUAAACCAUACAGCAUAUUUAGUGAUGUGAUUUUGUGUCCUUCUUUCUUCCUCUAGGUCGCCUGGACUUCAUCCCCCAGUGCAGUGGCCACGGCAGCUUCAACAUGGACCUGUGUGGCUGUGUGUGUGAGGACGACUGGAAGGGCAAGAACUGCUCUGAGCCUCGCUGCCCAGACGACUGCUCUGGACAGGGAGUGUGUAUGGAGGGCGAGUGUGUCUGUGACCGUGACUUCGGAGGGGACAACUGCUCGGAGCCCCGCUGCCCGGCGGACUGCUCCGGUCGAGGGCUGUGCAUGGACGGGGAGUGUAUCUGUGAGGAGAACUUCACUGGAGAGGACUGUACGCUGGGUCGCUGCCUCAACGACUGCUCUGAUCAGGGUCUGUGCACCAACGGGACCUGCCAGUGUCGCCCGGGAUACGUGGGAGAAGACUGCUCUCUGGCCUACUGUGCCAACAACUGCAGUCAGAACGGCAUCUGUAAGGAGGGCUUCUGUACCUGCCAAGAGGGCUUCACUGGAGACGACUGCUCUUUAGGUGAGAGAAAGGGAACAACAGGAAAACAUACAGUAGCUCCUCUGAGAGAUAUUUAUUUACCUUGA